AUCGAGUCGUAAGUAGUUAGCCCCGGGAAAGAUGCUUACGAUCAUUAUUUGCCCAGCCUUUCUCUCUGAGAUUGACGGCAUACUAGUCAAGAUGAUUUGAAUGUAUGAUGACAUCCUUCGUCGCGUUUAUAAAGCUGCGUCUUCUAUUAACUCUAUGGUCAAAUCAAUUACUUCCGCUCGUCAGCGUACUCGUGCACAAACCGCAGCUUUCCUCCUUGGAACUUGUCCGGACCUGCCCAGUGUCGGGGCCAGUGAGAUCACUCGCAUGCGCGCGGUCCGGCACUUUUAUGAGCGGAUGACUCAAACCCCAUCAUUAGAAGAACUCACCGUACAACAGCCUUGCCAGGUUCAACUCGACAAAAUCGAGUUUAGAAUUCCUUUACACACUCUGGAUAGAAACCAAUCAACUACUUAUGUGGACCGCUCUCACUCCGAAUCAGAUUGCCGCAUAGACAUACUCGACUCAAUUAAGGCCACGAUGGAUGUCUCAAAGACAUAUCAACACUUGGGGUGGCGUUUGUCUACCGCCCGCCGCUUAGACCCACCUCAUCGACUUUUAACAUCGCAUGAUCUUGAUAGCGCUUUCAAGGCUGCGAGGACGGAACAGGGAUCUGGCAGGAAAACAAAGCAAGUUUUUAUCGAAAUUCUCAAUACUGCUCGAAAAGAGAAGCAAAUACGACAGCAGGCAGGUACAUCUCCUGCGGGCGAGUACAAAAAAGAGUUGGCAACAGUCACAAGUAAGUUACGCUGCUCCGACCAUCAGCUUGGAGAGGACACAUUCUGCUGGGUCGAUGCAUCUCAUCCCGACACUCCACACUAUCCGUUGUGCACACGGGACCUGCAGGAGUGGGCUAAAUAUUUGUAUGAAACUGGAGUUCCAGACUUCGUCACUCUACCCAGGACACCCCAUUUUAAUGAAGUUCGAAAGACACGUAAGGAGCGAACUCCGUUGUCGCUCCAGAGGGUGUCCACCGAAAUCAUAUCACCCGUCAUACAUAAUCAUAUUCACCUUUCACCCACCACCGAUGAGAUGACCUCUGGUAACUCAGGAAUGCUUGCGAGAGAACGAGGAGAAGCUCGUAUGGCUCUCCAACCGCUCAAGAGGACUUUUGCGCUCUAUAUGGAGAGCGAUGAGGAGUCCGACGACGACGAACCGCCACAACAUAUUGAGGACGUCCUUGGGACCGUCCAUUCUCAUUAUCCUGCCAUGAAUUUUCCCCAAUAUGUCGAGAAACUGAUGGAUCACGGCAUAUUUUAUUUGCCUACAGCGGCUCAUUUCAGUGUUGGAUUCUAUGAAGAUAAAGUCGGGAUGUCGGAGGGCUCCGCAUAUACCUUCCAGAGCUGUGUUUCCAAAUUUCACAUGAAGGCCGAACUUGCAAAGGAGAGAAGGAAGGCUAAAGGAAAGAAGAAAGCACGAGCCCAUGAUGGCGAUGAGAAUGAAGAAAAUACUCCCGUUUCUAAUGGUAGUCAAAGUAGCAUUUGAUCGAACGGUGCGCCUCGCCUCGCGUUUCCAUUUGACUUUGUGCUGUUGUUUACUUGGUAUUGCAGAAUUCGUCUAAUGUAGCCUGCUUUGCAUUCCGCGACUCCUCGCGCUGUAGUGUUGCCGGAGUCUCGUCUGAUUCGUUUUACAAGAACCUUCACAUCUCUCCUGUACUAGUAGUCUUGCUAUCAUCUACUCUUCCUUCUCCUCAAUAUUAAUUCUCUCACUGUUAAUAUUUAUUCGCGAGUCUCUUGUUCUCGCCUUACUAUCACGCAUCGACUCUUUCAAUGUUAGUUCUCUCAUCUUCACCCGAGUCACGCGUUAAUACAAAGGUUUGAGCUAUUUGGCUCACGC